UUUGCUCGUAAACCUACCAAACCUUCGGACCUUACCUUAGGGAUUCGUUUUUCCCCCCUUUUCUAGAGCCAGUGAAAAACGGAAGACAAACAGGCAGUGCAUACUGCUGGGGAACGCGGCCCACCCGAACCACAGCAAGGGAGGGAUAUUCCUGGUUUUUUUAUGUCUCCUACUUUUCUUUUCACAAAAAAGGAACCACAAAUCUGAGUUUUCCUUUUCUUAAGUGUGUGUGUGUGAGUGUGUAAUUUUUCCCGUGUGGGUUUACACUUUCCUCUACGGCCGUUCUCGUUCGGCGGAAAAGCCAACAAAGGAAGAAAUCGAGGACGACACACUCGAAGGUGCUGCUGCUAUCGAUUAGACGACGCAUGUUGCCGAGUGUCGUGAAAUAGUAGUAGUACGAGGACACAGCAAGGGGGAUCCCGAACAUCCCUGUUGGCGCUCCAGUUUGUCCCGGGGUUUAUUAGAAAGCCUAGUGUGCGUUAAGGAAAUGGUAUCAGCGAAGAUGGUGGAACCGUUGAUAGUGCUUCUGGUUUAUUUUAAUUGUGAUUUAAUAUUUUACGUUAAAAAUAUCAAUAAACAUUAAAGUGCACGAGUGCGCGCGUUCAAGCUACUACUGUCCUCCAUUUUCUUUGCCGUACUACCACCUGUGCCGUGUAACAACCGUACAUCAUCAGCUGUCCCUCCUUGAAGGACAUUGGAGGAAGUGCAGUAAAAUCGAUCACCGUGGACGACCAAUUGUGUUGGAAAAUUCAACAUCAAUCGAAGAUUGCCGAUCGGAUGUGUAUUGGUGCGCGGACGACUUAAGUAAGGGUGGCUUAACUUACACACACCCGCAGCCACAAUCCUCGCAGGAGUAAACGAGACAGAGACGAGCGGCACAGCAGCACGAAGCGUGAUAAAGGGAGCGAAACCGCGAACUACCAACACAAAAGCGCUUCUACGUGUGUGUGUGUGUGUGUAACUGUAUUCGCAUACCCGCGCACAUUGAACUCGCGGCUUUAUAAAUGCCUUCGCUUCCUCGAACGAAAACAAAGCAAUCGCAUUCGAGCGAUUGAGUCGAUCGGGUGUUCGAAGCAACACAGCAGAGCGCAUUCUUCCCGGACAGUGAUCUACCCAAGUGUGUGUGUGUGUGUGCCAAGCUACAACCAUCUUUCUACAAACGGAAAUCCAAGUGCCAAGUGAGGUAGUUUUAACCCCGUAACACAGGUAGCUUAAUACGCCACACCUGAGGCCUCACCAGCCUACACCAAGCAGCGUCAAUGUACGCCACACGCUGGACUACAGAGCGCUAAAAACGCAGCCCAACUACCAAAAGCCGUGAAAGUGUGUUUGUGUUCCCCGAAGUGCGUAGGGGAGAGUGUUUGUGAAUUGGUGCAAGUACUACCGUGUGCGGGUGUGUGUUGUUAACACCGCCAGCGUUCUUGCUGUCCUUUAUGUUUAAUCCCGUUUUUAAUCGUGUUAUUUUGACGAAGAAGAGAAAACCGAAAUUGUAAACUGUACCGUCGUCGGAAAGGACAUUUUGUUCUGAGAAGUAAAAAAAACAACGCUUAAUCCUUAUAUCGGAAAAAAUAAGGAAAGACACUUACAAGAAGAAGAUAAGCGGGGCGAUACGUAACUGUGUGUACGCGCCUCCCAUAACACCGAUUCGCCAUUUGUACGUCUCACGUCGCCACCUCAGCAGAAACCUUGAACGAGUUACGCGCCAACAGUUAUCACUUUCGUGCUAAAGGUGGCCGAAAGGAAACUUUUUCUCACUGGGGCUUAGGCCGUUGUAUGGAGCGUGAAAAACCAUCGUUUAUAAAAGGGGACGAACCGGGCCUGGCUGGCAAGCAGGGCCGGAACGAUCUUAUCUGUGCGCGGAGGAGCACCGUUAAAAUUGCGAGCGUUGAACGUCAAGAUGGCGCGUACGUACCGACCGUUGGCCGCUGGGGCAACGAGUGGCCAAGCUGACUCGGAACCGAGCGGAACGAACUACUGCCCGUGGUUCGGGAGGACCAUGGGACCGCCGGCGGUCGAUCUGCCCGACGAUUGACCGAACCGGACAGUCACAGGCACGAUGUGACUACCAGCGAGGAAGCACCACCAUCGCGGCCACGGCUGUCGGUUCUCCGCACCGUACCGAGCACUAACCAGCGCGCCAACGGCACCACCACCGCUGACGCUGCUGAAGAUGGUACGGUCGAGACCGAACUGGCCGCCGCCGUCGGGAUUGCGACCCAGGAUGGCCCAGCCGCCGCCGCCGCCGCCGUUCGCCCACCGAGCGCGACCGGCCGCGCCGGUGGGGGCCACUGGAUUGCGGACGAUGGUGAUAGCUACAAUUUGGGCGCGUUCGAUCAAACGAACGGUCCGUGGCCGAUCCGGCAACCGCUGCCACUGCCCAAGUGGUCCGGCCGCCCGGUCACCCCGUUCGCGGUGGACAAGCUGUGGCAGUACGAGGACCUGGUCGGUCUGAUCGAAACGAAGCUGCAGCGGAUGCUCGAGGAGACGCACUACAACACGGCGAACAAUUUUGUGGAUUUUUACAGGGCCUACCGGGCCGCUCACCGUCACGGCCGCGGUGAGCUGAAGCAGCACUUCCAACACUAUACCAUCCCGAUCAACCGUCGGCACCAUAUGUGUGUUAGCUUGGGUAUGGAAAUAGUCGCAAGAAUCGCAGAACAUCAUCCGGACAUUGCACGCCUAUUCUAUCUGGUAUCGUGCGAGGAAGCGUUAGACGAGUCGGAUUCGUACAUUCAGCACUGCGAGGAGAAUGGCAUCGAGUAUGCGGGGUCCACGCUGGAGAAGGAGCACGCCAUGGUUGCGAUGAAGAUCGUGGUCGGAGGACGCGAAGGUGUCCUUAUCCUCGAUCCGGGGUACCAUGUGGCACGUGCCGUCACCGUGAUGAAGGACCAGAAGUACCCGCAUACCGGCUGGUUCACGCAGUCCGAUGAACCGCACUGCAAGCGUGAGUACAGCUAUGCCCUGCACGAAGAGAGCAGUGACUACAUCACCUGGACCGAGCGAAUGACUCGCGGUGGAAAGCAGCAGUACGAACAGUCGCUGGUGUACAUCGCAAGACCGUACCGAACGGCGAUCGAUGUGACCGUGCGACGCAACCUGGUGUACAACUUCCGGUCGCUGCUGUCCCGCGACGCGAAGGGGCGCGUUUGUGCCGGACUGUACUUCCCGGUCGUACCGAAUCCACACGAUGCGCAGGUCACACUGUUCUACGACAAUGCUAACGCUUCUCAGGUGAAGCAGAAGUUCAUGUUCUCCCUGUUCAAGGAUCCGGAAAAGAUUCCUGACCCGGUACUGGCCCAUCUACAAAAUUUGGCCCCACAGCUGCGCAUGAACCUAGGCGACCUGAUCGACCUGAUGGUCGAUCUGGCCGACUCGGUACACGACGCCGAGUUCGUGCAGCAGGUGCUCGAGAUUAACAACAACAUCAACGAGCUGUCGGCGGAUAAUUAGUCUAUAAUUAUGCAUUUUUAUCCUACUUCUUUACUACAAUUCCCCUACAAUAUUAUAUUAACGCCCGUAGUAACAAUGCUGGAGAAACGCUGUUUUAACGCACCAUCUCCAAUGUAACUUUAUGCGAGCACUUGCACCGACACCACACCCAUUUCUCACUUAGACACAUGAUAAACCCGACAAGCGUUCUUCUAAUGCAUUAUUUCUUUUGCCCUAAAUUAACUAAAUUGUCUUUAAAAAGGUAUACGGGACAGGAAAACAUAAUAACCGUCUGUUUCAAUAGUAGUUCAACGUUGUGUGUCGCUUUAAGAGCGUUUUUAUGCGUGCGUGUGCUGUGUUUUUCCCCACUAUAAUGUAUUAACUUUGCACCAAUUGAUUAAUUAUUGCCACCGUGUCACCAUAAACAGGCAGGACCAAAACUUCGUAAAGUCAUUCCGGAAAGGGGUUUAAAACGUAUGAUGAUUUGCCAAUUUGUGUUUUAAAGCCCUUCAUUCGGUCACACGAAACUACAGUUCACUUCAGCUACUCUAAUGCACUAAGCAAAGGUCGAGCCAAUCGGCGUUCGUAGCGUGUAUACGUGUGUGUGUGUAUUGCGGUUCUUAUCCAUAUAUCGGGACUAUAUUUAAUCAGUUUUACUUCAAGUGUGUAUCUAUGCGCUACAGCAAUUACUAAACAGCUUGACAAAUAAAGAGAUGAAAACAGGA